AGAAUCCCUUCGAGGAAUUCGCCGUUCGGAUCGAACCCCACAUUCAGCCGAGGCGUGCGUGAGUGCGUGCGCGCGCGCGAGUAGCCGUUUUACGUGCGCGCGCGUGUUUUAGCCGCCGUCAGCUAAUGCGGUCGCUUAGAAAAAACGGACGCGUCGUCGCUCCGCGGCGUGAGAUAAACGCGCGAUAACGGGUCGCCGCUCCGAUGUUGGCUUCGCCGCUAAAGGGGGGGUUCGUAACGUCGCACUAGCGCCGACUAGCUGGCCGACGCCGCUGCAGAAAAUCGAUCGCCACGGGCUCGGAUGUAGCGACGCUGCGGUUUUGAAUCACUUUCUCUUCGGCGGAUCGCAAAGAUUGCUUCGGACCGGCGACAGACGAGACGAUAUACUUUAGGACCGCCGGGUGUCAGAGGAGGGGGCGUUAAUGAUUUAAACGGGCAUCGAGGGGCUUAUCCACGGCAGUUGCAGUCAUUUUAACGUUAGCCGUGUUGAGGCAGAGCAUCUCGGGGAGGCCCCGCCGUCUCUCCACUCCCUCCCCUGUCCGAGUCUCCCGUGAUUUGCCGAGAACACCCGGGUGAAGUCGCAGUUGUUUCUCGGCUGGGGGGAACAACUUGACAGCGAGGCCCGUAGCUAGUCGACCCCUCCCCCAGUCCCGUCCGUCCGUCCGUCCGUCCAUCUAUCCGUCCAGGCCGACACGCCACCCUCCUCGCCCGAGAACGAAGCGAGGUGACCGGGGGGGGGAUUCGGGUUGAGCUGAAAAAAAAAAAAAAAACGCGCGUCUCGUCCCGUCUCGACCGGGCUGCCCAAACCAGAGGGGAUGACUCUGGAGUCCAUGAUGGCUUGCUGCCUGAGCGAGGAGGCGAAGGAGUCGAAACGAAUCAAUGCAGAAAUUGACAAACAACUGCGCCGAGACAAGCGCGACUCCAGGAGAGAGCUGAAAUUACUGCUUCUCGGUACUGGAGAAAGUGGCAAGAGCACCUUCAUCAAGCAGAUGAGGAUCAUUCAUGGAGCUGGGUACUCGGACGAAGACAAGAGAGGCUUCAUCCGACUUGUUUACCAAAACAUCUUCACCUCCAUGCAGGCCAUGAUCCGCGCCACUGAGACCCUCAAGAUCCCCUACAAAUUUGAACAGAAUCGGUCCAACGCCAUGCUUGUGAAGGAGGUGGACAUUGAGAAGAUCAACGGGUUUGACUUUCACUUCAUUGCAGCUAUCAAGAGCCUGUGGUCCGACCCGGGGAUCCAGGAGGCUUACGACCGCCGCCGAGAGUACCAGCUGUCUGACUCCACUAAAUAUUACCUUAGCGAUAUAGACCGUGUGACUGCAGAGGGAUAUGUUCCCACCCAGCAGGAUGUGCUGCGGGUCCGCGUUCCCACCACGGGUAUAAUAGAGUACCCGUUUGACCUGGAGAACGUCAUCUUCAGUUAUCUUACCGAUCUGGAUCGUAUUGCAGAUUCCGGCUAUCUUCCCACUCAGCAGGAUGUGCUCAGGGUGCGCAUCCCCACUACAGGAAUCAUAGAGUACCCUUUCGACUUGCAAAGCAUCAUUUUCAGGAUGGUGGAUGUCGGAGGCCAGAGGUCAGAGAGGAGGAAGUGGAUUCACUGCUUUGAGAAUGUCACCUCUAUUAUGUUCCUCGUGGCGCUGAGUGAGUACGACCAGGUCCUGGUGGAGUCCGACAACGAGAAUCGCAUGGAGGAGAGUAAAGCUUUGUUCAGGACUAUCAUUACCUAUCCCUGGUUUCAAAACUCCUCCGUCAUCCUCUUCCUCAACAAGAAGGACCUGCUAGAGGAGAAGAUCUCCUACUCACAUUUGGUGGACUAUUUCCCAGAGUUUGAUGGUCCCCAGAGAGAUGCACAGGCAGCACGGGAGUUCAUCCUCAAGAUGUUUGUGGACUUAAACCCUGACAGCGAUAAGAUCAUCUACUCUCACUUUACUUGUGCCACGGACACUGAGAACAUCCGCUUUGUGUUUGCAGCUGUCAAAGACACCAUCCUACAGCUCAAUCUCAAAGAGUACAAUCUGGUGUGAGGGCCGGCACGCGGCGACGCCGGCACAUCUCCCCGUUGCACAAAUGCACACCUCCUUUGGGAACGUGCGCUCAAGUUCACAUGCAUCACACAGCACACCAUGCCGGCUUUCUCUCCCUCACACUCUCGCACACUAACCGAACCCUUCUAUCUUUUUUAUUUAUUUUUCUCAAUACAGUACAUUCAGAAAUCCUCUUUCACCAAAGCUCGCCCGCUUCCUCCAUCGUGUCAGAGCGCCCUGAGGUCUCAGAGUGCGUCAGAUUUGGCCUCGCCUGCCGGCUCUAGCACAUUUUUUUUCAUCUGGCACACAAACCUUUCACAAGGAUUGUACAGUGACUAAACGGGACUUUGGUGUGUGUCUGUGAGAGAGAUAGUGUGUAUGUGUGGGUGCGGUACAUACUUGUGUGUGCAUUUCGGAGAGCGUUGACUAGCGACAUCAAACCCCUGUCUCCCUCCUGGAGGUAACGCUCAGCGGUGUGGGAUCAGAUCCUCUGUAGUGUCCUUUGCGAGCGCCUAUCGGUGUGGAAGGCGGUGAAGAUCUCUCCUGAAGCCCACUGAGAACCUGUAGGUGGCGCCGUGCUCCUUGCAACAAAGUGACUUGGACAGAAAGCUUCCCACCGGAGAGAAGAGGACGUGUGUCUGAGGAUUCUGUCUGCAUCGAGCAUCUAUGAAUGUACCCACCAGUGUGAGCAUCACAAUCGCAAAGAGAAGAAAUAUAUACACCAUAAAGUAAAUGCAUAAAUAAACACACCUUUAGUUAAAAAGCCCGACAGGGCCACGCAUAGUUAAUCAAAAUCUGUUAAUUGCUGAGAUUUAAAAUGAUGUUUUUAAUGAUAGAAAUGUGUUGCGGUGUCUACUUCUAUUUAAUGAGUAAUGGCUAAAAGUAAUGGUGAGAAGUGGUUAUAAAAUCUAUAAUAACUUUUGAACUUUCCAAAACGACGACGUAGAAAAAAAGCAACCAGAAGCUUUACUUGACAAAAGCAUCUUUUUGUUUUCUUUAAGUUUUAAUCACAUUGCUUCCCUGCGGAGGUUUUCUACAUGGAUUCACAGGGACAGUUUUCCAUGUGACCAUCGGGGCUCUUGGCUCUCACACCCCCCCACCUGUAUUACAAAACGCUGCUCUGAUCGGCGGAAGCUGAUGUGGAGGGGAGCAUGACAUCAGUGUUUAUCGGCCCACAGAGCAUAUCUGCAAGUAGCUUAUUCAACAAAAUAAAAGCUGUCACUGAAACGCGGCCACACCCUGCGGUGUAAGUGGAAUCCAUGCGGUAUCAUCUCUGGCGUCACACCUGCGUCCCUCAGCCGUCCAAUCAGACACACUUCCUGACGGUGACAGUCAUCGCAUCAGGAUGUUUCUGUUUACUUUAUAUUUUCACUGUAUAGUCACUUUGUUUAUAUAUAGAUUGCUUGCUGUUGAGGGGUGAGAGGAAGGGGCAGGCUUAUGAACCUUAUACAGAAAUCGCACUCUGAAAUCUGCAAACGUUGUUUGUGUAUAUUAGUUUGUAAAUACAUAUACACAAAACACUCCUGUACAAAGACGCUCUGUGGUACACCAUCUUUGGCGAAAAAAAACAAGAAAAACAACAAAAAAAAUAAACUUCUUUCGUUAGCAUACAAAUUUUUUUCCUAUGAAUUUAUGGUAGUAGUAAUACUGGGAUUAUGGAUUUUUUUUUUCUUUUUCACUCGACUAUUUAGAGCUGAGUGAUGGUGAAACGAUCGGCAUAGUCAGAGAAAAGAGGUUCCUCCCUACUACUGCGGCUGCUCCGGCCCCGAGGGCACUAACUAGGGCUCGUAACACAAUCUUCACAGUACGGUGACGAGAUCAUCUUAAGAGUAAUUCGUUUUUGUUUGUUUUUUUCUUUCAUUUUUUUAUUUAUCUAAUUUAUGGACCAGGUUUAAAGGUGUUGAUUAUUUGAUUGCUUUUGAGUUAUUUGGUGCUCCUUUUCUCAUGGCGGAGCCUACUUGAGUCUGAACUGCUGUAAAAAAGACAAAAAAAAAAACCUGAAUGUCUGGUAUAAUAAGGACUUUAUCUCUGCUUUAUAUUUCUUAUUGAGACAUCGCCAGUUGUACUUUCUCAUCCCAACUCCAUCCAUCCAUGAUGAUACUGUUUGGUUUUCUUUAGGAGCCCUCAUAUUUGUUUCGCUUUAAGAAAAAAGAGAAACUUUUACUUCCUCUCGGUUUAUAGACGCAGCGCUGUAAUGCAUACCUAGAAAAAUGUACAGUACGAACGUAGGUGGACUUUUUUUUAUCAAUGAUUGAAGACCCAUGCGGUCCAUGCUUGCUGUUUGUAAUUUAACACAGAAAUUCAGUUGUUUUUUUUGCAUUGUUGAUUUCCAGUUUUUGAGGCUUGCUUUGAUAGUGCCAGUGAAGUGCAGAUAUACUUUUUUGGUCAUUGACCUUUUCUACAGGUGACUUAUUUUUCAUCAUCAUUAAGGGCUAUCACAGUGCAUCAGACAGUGGGGAGUGGAGUACAGGACCACAUUGAACAAGUCAUCCACUACUCUCUGUUAAUAAAUGGAGAUCCCUUGCGGUAUGUGCUAUAGGACGUACAGGCAGGGUGUAAAUGAAAGCAUACGGUGUGUGUGUAGAGACUUUUCCAACACUAAACGGUUCUUUGUUUAUUCUGCGUAUCUGACCCUUUGAUGAUUUACUACUUUGUGUGCAUUUGGUAUCACAGUGUGACCUGUAAUACCUCUGUGUAGAAGCACUUAUCACUAAAUAGAUUACUACGAGGACAAGUAUAUAUAUAUCCCCGCCCCCUUCCCCCCCAAAGUAUUUGACUUCAUGACCGUGCUUGUGGCUUUGCAUGUUUUAACCCAUUAACUUUCACUUUAUUGCUCAUGACUGUUUCUCAUUUUUAACAUUGAUUUCCUACUUUUCAAAUUCCGGCUUCUGUUCAUUCUCUUAGGUGCGAGUAGUAUCCAGCAGACAGUUGUUAUCACGCAACUUUUAAAACAAUUUUAAAACAAUGAGGACUGCGUGUCACUUGUGUCAAACCCUUUAGAUGACUGUUCAUCCCUCUUCUUUCUUCUUCUUUUUUUUUUUUUUUUAAACAGAAACUAAAGGCUGCCUGAAAAGACAGAAUCAAUCUAAAAACUGAACGGUAUCUUUCAAAAAUGGGAAACAGUGAUGUUCCGUUUGGACACUACGUUAAUGGGGCUAAAAUGUAUAUUUCUAAACAAGUGUGGUGUUUAACUGCCUUUUUUUUUUUUUGUCUGCUGAAAAUUACACUAACCUUAAGCGGCAGAAAGCUGACAGCCAACCGUUAGGCGGCUGCCAUAAAGAGGAUGCUAGUAUUUAAGUGGCACAAUAUAGCAGUAUGGAUACACAAGUAUUUAGCUGUAUGUUAGACUCCACUAUGUGUUGAGCUCAGCUCACUAACAGUGACGAGUAAUGUGUUUUCAAACUUGACACUACAACAGUGGAUGAAGGGCUGACUGAGAGUGUUGUGUUGGCGUCCCGCAGUGUUUUUUGGUUUUGGUUUUUUGACACAUUUUAUCUCCACAUACACUAGCUAGAGCGAGGGAAGCAAAGUCUGUACCAAACUUUAAACUCUUUCUUUGAUUCUUGUAAGUUUGGAUCAAUGACAAGUGAAAGAUUUGGAUUGUUUUCUUGUGUUCACUACAACACACUUUUCUUUUUUGGCCUUGAAUAAUGAAAGCUGGUGUUUUGGCCCUUCGCGGUUACAGAGAAUUCUGACCUUUUCAGUUGACUGUGGUUGUGUGAGUUCCCGUCGGUGCGUAUUUAAAACUUCAAUUUUGUUCCCUUUUUUUAUUUUUAUUUCCUGUAUCAAUAGAAAACAUUACUAGAACUCUAUUCAGGACCACUCAAUUUAUUUUGUCCUCACUCCAAUGAAACCUGAAGGUCAAUAAAAUUGUUUUUCUUUAUUUUGUACGUAAACCAAGUGUAAAUGAUGUAUUAUACUGAGUGUGCCAUUCCCACUCUCUCUAGAGCAAGGCUCUCUCUAAGUGCCAACGCUGUGGUCAUCAUCAAAGGACCACCACCUGAGUCGGCCCCCCCUCCCCAAACCUCCCCUCUUUUUAAAUAACACACACCAGAGACUAAAAGGAUAGGUGAUUAAGUACACACAAAUACUUUAUUCUGUAUUUAAGAUUGAAGAUUUAAAAGAAACUGUUUUUUAAGAAACUGUAAUUAUAAUUGCAUGUGCUGUUUAUUUUGUGUUGGAAGUGAAGAGAGUUUUCAUUGAAGCAAAGCCCUUGAUGAAGGGGGCUCAAUCAGUUGGUUAUUAUUGAUUAACAUAACUCUUGCCAUAUAUAUUUUUUUUUUAAUGUGUUUCAUGUAUUUGUUUCAACCACUGUUGCCUGAUCCUCAUUCAAACAUGAACAUGACUUAUGAUCAUUGCCGCCUUCUAAGAGAGAAACAUAAUGACAAGAUAUCUGUUUUAAAUUGAAAUAAAUUUGUUCCUAUACUUGCUCA